AGUACAACGUUUGCUUCCAAAAUGUGGUGGAGUAGAAUUAUAAAGAGACAGAAAAAAAAUGAGAUAACAAACAUAGAUAAUACAAGUAAUAGGUCAUGCAUUAAAUUGAGAGGAGUCUGCCUGCAGGCCUCCACUGAUUAAAUUACUUUGCACUACUGCAUUUAAAAUGAUGGAACCAACACAUGUAUGCAUGAUCUAUAUUAUAGUACAUACAACAUUCCCUCAGUGAUAGUUGAUUAUAAGAAUGUGUCAUGAUACAUUAUUAUCUACGUUACGACACGAGAUAGAUCAUCUAAUCUUUCAGGUUCUUUCUAACACGCGGUGAGGUUAGCCGCGGUGGGCGGGGCUAACAACGACACGGACAAAACACCAGCUGCUCUUCUUAUGUGCUAGUUAUUUUUUAACACACUUAGAUUCCCUUAAAUGCCUUCAACGUUUUAAUAGAGGAUAUUUUAAUAAAUGUACGCUGUUAUGUCAACAUGAAAGUUUUUGCAACUUUUUUCUUCACUGGGCUGAAGAACGUGAAGUCGCUCUGGGAGGGAAAUAACGGUACAGGACGUUAGCCGAAUGUUAGCUAAGCAGCAACAGUUGGUAUGUUGGUUGGUCAACUAGCUAACUGACAAAAACGGUAAUGGAGCGCGCGACUUUUUCAAAGUACUCGUGGAUAGAUUUCGCCUUCUCUGUGAUCGGAGUGUGUACUUUCCUGAUGGACUGGGGCUCGGACGUGUGGGUGGCCACCGAGUUUUACUGCCGAGGGGACAUCUUCUGGUUCGGGGUUCUGGUCGGCCUCAUGGUCCUGUCGUCGGUCGUGGUCCAAAUGUUCAGCUGGUUCUGGUUCCAGUAUGACCGCAAGCUGCCGGGGUUCGGCAGCGUGCAGACCGGAGGAGGAACCGUGCUGUUCGGGGACCGAGUGAAGCUCUCCUGCCUGUUUCAUGUGCUGCAGCUGGGCUUCCUUUGCAGGCACAUCUCGGCCAUACGGCAAGGCUUCAGGGUCUGGUGGCGGAAAGCGGAGGGGUCGGAGUACGCUGUCUACCUGACCCACGACCUGAGCAUGCUCCGACUCAUCGAGACGUUCUGUGAGAGCGCUCCUCAGCUCACUCUGAUGAUCUACGUCAUGCUGGAAACAAACAAGGCACGGACUGUACAGUGUGAGUUCUCUCUAGUAUAAGUUACUUCCUUAAACUCACAGCAGAAGCAAACUUCUACAAUAGAGGAUGGUGUUUCUAUUAGGUAUUACGCAACUUUGAGUCUUUCCUGACACAAUCCGAAAAAGGCUUUUUCCCUCUCUUAAUCACCUGAGCUGUUAAUAAUACAUUUGUAUGAAUGCACUUUGCUUUGCUGAUCCUUGUAAAAAACAUCAUAUUAAAAUUGUGAAACACAUACUCUACUCUCAAAAAAGGUAGAAAUACAUAGCAAAACCUAAAAACAUGACCUUUCAACAUUUUAACAGACAGAACUUUCCCGUGUUUUUCCCAUGAAGGAUAUUCAUUGAGCUACACUCUCCAGUGGCAUUGACAACCUCCCCAGCAUAAAUGGUUCAUCCCCGCCUGAUGAACUGGUUUCUCAUUACAAAAACAAUCUUCACAGUCUGCUCAAUACCCUGGCUCCUUUAAAAACCCAUUCUGCUCCUUGGUUUACACCUGAACUACGCCAACUUAAAACAAAAGGCCGUAGAUUGGAACGCCUCUGCAAAAAAACUGGACUCACAAAGAAAUGUACAAUAACCACAUCCUCCACUACAAGGACACUCUCUCUACAGCUAAAUCAUCAUACUACGCAGUUCUCAUCAGCUCUGGCAGAGGGAACACAAGGGCCUGUUCUCUACAGUGAAGAACAUUCUACGACCAACGGACUCUCUUGCACCUUAUCAGUAUUCAACCGCCUACUGUAAUUCCCUCAUGUCAUUUUUUUUUAUGACAAAAUAGAAAGCAUUCACCAGCAACUAACUCCUAACACCACCUGCAGUAUAUCUCUCCCUGUUUUCUCUGACCAUCUCUCAUUCUCUUUCAAGUUUCACACUUCCCUCUGCUGUUGUAAUCUCUGACCUCAUCCGUAAAUCCAAGCCAUCUACCUGUCAGUUAGACCCUCUUCCUACUAGGGAUGGGAACGAUUAAUCGAAUAUUCUAAAUUAUUCAGGCAUUCGAAUAUGAGUAUGAUUUUGGGAGUGGUGCCUAAGUUGAUUACAUAUUAUCAAAUGGAAUAAUUCAAUGUAUACGACAGUGCCAUAGCUAAAU